CUUCCUGUCCAUACCGGAAGAGAAGGGCUCUUUGUAUCCAAGAUGGCGUCCGUCGAGCUGGAGGACCUCCGGGUCCAUUUGAGCUCCAAGAUGGCGGCCAUUCAACGGCUCCUCCAAUUAAAAGCCCUCGGUGGGGCUUCAUGCAAUGACCAGCUGGCGGAUGUGGGAUCCAAGAUGGCCGCCCUCCACCUCCUAUUGGACGAGCUGGAGGCGCAUGUUAAUGAGCAAGCCUCAUUAGCAUCCCACUUACGGAGGGCCAAGGAGCGAAUGGAAGCCCUGCGGGAUGGUGCCAUGCAAAUGAGCCUCAUGAAUAUGUGCAUAGCUAAUGAGCAUGCUAAUAAGAAGCCCGUUAAGGAGGAGAAGCUCAUUAAGGACGUGACGUUAAUUAGCCCCGAGGAGUUCGAGGCCAUUCCCAGGUACCUCCGUGGCCGUCUGACCCUGCCCCAAAUCAACGGGGCCCUGGAAUCCAUCCGCGCCGCCGCCAUCUUGAAAUACGACGUCCUCCGUCACCCCCCCCAGUCACUUCCUGUCGCCCUUCGACCCCGUUACCAGCGCUUCCGGGACGAGGAGACCAAUGAGACACGAGAUGCCACCUUUGUGGUCGAGGCCGACCUGAAGGAGCUGGGCCACGUCAAGUUGGACCGCAGGUUCUAUUCCAUCCUCAACGUCCUCCGCCAUUGCCAUAGGAUCAAGGAGAUCCGGGGGGGGGGCCUUGUUCGUUAUGUGCUCUGUUAAUUACUUCAUUAAAGAUUAAUGGGGUCUUAUGGGGUCUUAUAGGGUCCUAUUGGGGUCCUAUAGGGUUCUAUGGGGUACUAUGGGGGCCUGCAAUACCAUCCGCUGCCACUAGGUGGCACUACAACAGGUUAUAAUGGAAGUCUGUGGGGCUCUAUGGGGUUCUAUGGGUCUCUAUGUGUCUCUAUGGUGCUCUAUGGGGUUCUAUAGUGCUCUAUGGGGUUCUAUGUGGUCCUAUGGGGUCCUAUAGGGCUCUAUGGGGUUCUAUGGGGCUCUAUUCCAUCCUCAACAUCCUCCACCAUUGCCAUAGGAUCAAAGAGAUCCGGGGGGGGCCUUGUUCGUUAUGUGCUUUGUUAAUUAAUUCAUUAAAGAUUAAUGGGGUCUUA